AUGUUUUACCCUUGGGACUACGAUAAAAUUUUGCGACGAGCGAGUAAGCACAAUAAGGUGUCUGUUGGUAUGAGCGUAAUGCAUGACAACUACCUCUUUCGUCGCAUUAUGUACCUGAUGCCCAAGGACUUUACCAGCAAGGUGACUCAGCGCAUUAAAGCUCUGAUUGCCGAGAGCGCUCCCUGGAGCAAAGAAGCGUUAGAAGAGAUGACUGACGGCUACAGCAAAUCCGUCGAUCCCUACCUGGCCAGCGGUAAGGUAGAUAAUGUGAAAUUGAACAAGAAAUAA